AUGGCUUACUCCACUCCCAAGAAGAAUACAAGAAGUUCUAUCGGACAAGACUCCAACGAAGAGACUUCUACGACGAGAAGUGGCAUCAAUCCCAGUGAGCGAUCUGAGGGUAUCUGUAAUAAUGAGAAUCCACAGGAUUCCGUCCCAAUUGACAGUAAUGACAACUUGGGUUUGAACAACAAUUUCGAGGAUUUGGAGGCUGAAGACGCCGAAAUUUCUUUCAUGGAAUUGGAUGAGGAUAUUCUUGUAUUGGCCAGCAAUGGUGAUGAUGAAGAAGUGUUGAAGGAUGUUCAGCGAAAACAUCGUAUGUUAACAAGCACUCUCGAAUUAAUGAUGAAAUGCUCCAAGGUUCUUAGUAAUGACUCCCACGCCUUUGUACCUGCGGGUAUCCCUUUUCUUUUCCAGUGGAAAUCGCAUGUAUUAAGCACCAAAAGAAGAGUGUUUAAGAAUAUCGAAGCAUGUGUAGAGGAAUUCGAAAAUAUAGUAGCGACCAAUGACAUGAACCUAGAUACCAAUUGGGCUCGUUUACUUCCAGGUUGUCUUUCCGAACCCAUGAAAAAGGAAUUGCAAAUUAAUCAUCUGGACAAUAAGAAAUAUGCACGAUGGAAUCAAAUCAGAGACACGCUGAUUAGAGCUUAUGGAAAGGAUAUUAACGAAGCCAAGUCCGAAACAUCCAACAAGCUAUUCGCCAUAUCGAUGAAGGAAAAUGGAACGGUUGGAGACUACAACAUGCGAUUUAAGCAUUGUCAAGCCAAAUCUGGGGUCAUCGAGGAAUCUACAGUGGUGCGUCUUUACAAGAAAGGUCUAGCAAACCAUUUACAGAAGCUAUUAAUGAACAAAUAG